AAGAUUGAGAAUAAAAUGUGUAGUAUAUAGUAUACCGAAAGUAUGUCCAUUUUUUUGGAAAUAUUGAAUAAAUGCAUCCCGAACAGAUUUUGCAGUCCACUCAGGACUGCUUUGUAGAUUUGAAUUCAUUAUGAAUGGUGGUGAUGUGGUGUUUGCAGGUAACGCACUUCGAUGUGGGGGAGGGGGAGGGGAAGUGUGAAGAUGGUAGAAUGUUCUGGGUUUUGACCUAAAGGGCGACAGCAGAUGAGUCAAAGCCAGUUCCCCAUCCCUCAAAAGCUUAGGGGCUCGCAUCAAGCCACCCUCUCAGCGAUGCAUUUAGCUGCACCAAGUUGACUUCGCGUGUGCCCAGGAUAGCAGAUGGUAGAUUAUAAACCCUUUUUGUUACUCCGCAGAAAGUUCUCUGAUUGAUUACCUGGCUGUUUGUGGUUUGGAUGGCGCAGCACCCUGAUGUGGGAGUUUAUCACGGAACAAAGCGUCCCGCGGAGAGUGACCCUGAUGGGGAUCAGCCUCUAGCUAAAAAGUUUGGUCGCUUGCAUAUUGGUAUGUCUUGCCAUAGCCUUGGCUCGUUCUCUCUCUCUUUCUCCUAUCGCAGUCCUUUGUUUCAAAAUUCCUUGCCUCUGUCCCCCCACCCUUUUCUUUUGUCUUUUUUCCUGUGCUUAGGCUCCCCCUUCCUUUUAUCACAUCCUCUAACGAACAUCGCAAAUUUAGGUCCUCGAGCAAUUAGUCCUGCUCCUGGAGAAAUUCGAGACAAUCUUGACGUUGGUCAACAUGGUUCGUCAGCUUUAGAUGACCUGAUGAUAUUGGACGACACGAAAUAUACUGUUUACAUUCAUGAUCUUGAACGUGAGAUAGCAGAAACUGAGCUUCCCAGUGAUUCCAUUACAUUCGUGCCCGGAAUCGUGGAGAACUUGCGAGCAAUCCCGAGAUUCAUCACCACAGAAGCAAAACCCAUGUGCAACGAGUUGGUCCUUUACAGAGAACCAGCAUCACUGACAGUACCGAGGGAAAGAGACACUGUGCGUAAGGCUCUGAUUGAGACAAGGGAGCGGGCUAGAACAACUCAAUGUGGGCGACAUCCCUCUGCAUAUAGCGCUACAUAUUCGGGGACGGCCGCAGAUCCCCGUAAUUCAAACAAUACUCGUCAUCCCGGGGAUGCAAUGGAGAUAGAUGCUGGGGUAUAGGGAGUUCUAAGCCCUACCUUCCUAGCUUGUUGUCUUUCGCUCUUCUAUCCCUAGUGGUCUAACUGGGCCAUUAUAAUAUAAACCUACGCGGAUACUCUGUGUCUCAUAGAUACAUUAAAUAUCUCUUCGCCCUCUUGUCUCUAGACUAGCAUAUCCUUGUCGCAAAUGAUGG